CCUACAGAACGCAGUAAUUCUUAACAAGCAAGCGAGGCGGAACCAGCUUGCUGCAACAGAGUACGACAUCCUACGGACAAUUCCCCGCACCCCGCGAUUUCCCCAAACCCUUCGACCUCUACGCGACGUCACAAAUCGUCCGAUUCAGCCAUCAUGGUCCCUACAAUUCGCGUCGUCGGCUCUCUCAACGCCGACAUGGUGUCGGUGACACCUCGCUUUCCUGAAGCUGGUGAGACGAUCACCUCCUCAUCAUACUUUAUUAGCGCUGGAGGCAAGGGCGCGAACCAGGCGGUUGCCUGCGGGCGGCUGUCUCGUGCACGAUCAGCCUCGUCUACGUCUUCGGGCAAGGGUUCCGUGAAAGUGGAGAUGGUUGGUGCCGUCGGUGGAUUGGACGGCCACUUCGAUGCAUUACUCAAGCCCACUCUCGAGAAAUCCGGUGUCGAUACGUCGCGAGUCAAGAUCGUCAGUGAUGCAUAUACGGGAGUAGCGGUGAUCAUUGUGGACUCGUCGGCUGGCGGGGAAAACCGCAUUCUGUUCUCGCCUGGAGCGAAUUAUCAAGGGAUGCAGCCUGAGCCGUCAGUGCUGGGAAUGGCAAUGGCAGCCCCUGUACCGGAUGUGAUUGUGAUGCAGGGAGAGAUUCCUGUUGAGAGUGUCAUCGGGAUACUCCGAGACAUUGGGGCUUGGAAAGCUAAGAACCGAGCAGAGGGUAAGCGAGGUAUUGAGGCCGGCCCUGAUGUCAUGUUUAACCCUGCGCCUGCUCCACCGGGAGGAUUGCCGGAGGACGUGUACGCGGCGGUGGACCACUUUAUCGUGAACGAGACGGAGGCCGAAUUGAUGACUCCACCGGCGGAGCAGCUGCUCAAGGUGGUUCCCGAUGCGGAGGGACUGAGCGGUGGCGACAAGGUGGCUCGGUAUUUCCAUCAGCUGGGCGUGACGUACGUCCUGAUAACGUUGGGAUCUAAGGGCCUCUGGUAUAGUGCUACUGACGCCGGGACGUCUGGGCCUGCGGACGGAGUCAACCGCUUUACCAAUCAGAUUCCCGCUGCUAAGGUCAGCCGGGUGCUGGAUACCACUGCGGCGGGAGAUACCUUUGUUGGUGCAUACGCGGUCGCGGUGGCACGGUGGCGCGAACAACGACGUGCGGACAGCAAGGCCGGACAAGACUUAACAAGCGAGGAGAAGCCUGUUCGAUAUCAGAAGGUCAUGGAUGACGCCAUGGGAUGGGCGACACAGGCCUCCGCACGCUGCGUGGAGCGACAAGGAGCCAUGGACAGCAUUCCGUGGGAGGACGAGAUCUAAUCAGGAACGAAAGCGAAGAGAAAAUGAAAUGUACAUUACUGCAGAACAUCCAAGGGAUUUAUCAUCGACGAGCUUAGUCGGUGCGAUUGUCCACUCGUAUUGGGAGGACCAGUAUGC